AUGGCCGCCCUCCGCCCUCGCGCCGCCGUAGCAUCGACUGGCCUCCGACCGGCAGUUCGGCGAGGCGCCCGUCGCUCCUCGGGGGCAGCGUUCCGAUACUACACCUGCUGGCAGCUACAGGGAAAUAUUUUUAAUUGGAGAUCUAUAUCCGCAACUAAGAAAUUAUGGAGUACAGUAGCUAGUGCAAAGCCUGAUGAUUCUAAAUUUGAAAGUGUGGAUGCACCACUUGAGCCCCAAACAUGGGAAGGCAGUUUCUUGUGUGGUCUGCUGAAGAACCUGCCACACAUUUUUCUAGCUGCAGCAGCAAAGCAGCUGCAAGAACUGUCUCACCAGAGGGAAGACACCUUGAACCGCUGGGAGCAUAGUAUUGGUUCUAAAGAGGAUUGCCUUCACAGGAGGAUUGCUGAACUCAAGGAACAAGAGUGUCAGACAGCUAUUGAGGACAUCAUGUACAUGUUGAUUGUUUAUAAGUUUUUUAAGAUUGAAGUUCCAAUGGUUCCCAAUCUAUCGAAACUCAUCAGCAACAGAAGGUUACAAUUAUGGCCACCAAGGGAGACAGAUCUUGAAUCCAUUCAUGGACCUGAGGUGCUAGAACUAAUUAGGGAACACUUGACCAGCAUUAUCAGAUGGGUGCACAGAAAUGGUCCCAAGAUUAAUCGUUCAACACUUCGCAUUAAAAGACUGCAAUUUGGUCGGAUGUAUUCUGCUUCAAUAAUGUAUGGAUACUUCCUGAAAUCUGUCAGCAUCAGGCAUCGAUUGGAGCUGACUCUCACUCACUCAGAAGAACUUCUACCUCCAAUUCAAUUUCUGAAUCCUCAAUUUACAAAUAAACAAGAGCAGGAAGAGGCCAUUGGAGGCUCUAGGGAAGUUUCAUCUUCUUCGAGACCAAACUAUGUGGUCAACCCACACGACUUGAGGGGCUACAUGAUGGGCUUCGAUCCAAAGACCUUGCAGCUUUGUGCGAAGCUGCGCACUUUUGAAGCUUCUAAUCUCAUCGAGAGGCACAGCUGGGCUCUUUUUGGGGGCAGCAUGGAACUCUCCCAGGAGAAUGAUGAAGCGGUUAUACUUGAUCCUUCAUCCCUGAAAAGACUACUGCUUGAAGCCAUUGCAUUUGGUUCCUUCCUCUGGGAUGUCGAAGAUUAUGUGGACAAGAUUUAUAAGUUAUCAGAUAGCUGA